CGGAAGUGGCAUGUAGUGACAUUUUCGUUCUGAAACUGUCAUCUUUUCAGCGCUGUAAGCGGAACUGUUUUUUUCCGCAUGUUGAACUAACCGAAAUCAUCGGCGUGUAUAAAUACUGAGCUAAAGCUGAAAUUUGGUCAUAUGACCGUGGACCCGCUCAACAUGGCCCGACUGUUGCUCUUAUUUUUAUGCCUGUUAUCCGGUACCUUCGCCGGACGCUACUUCAACGAGAAUGAGCCAUGCUACCGACCAGCGCUGAGGAAAACCCAGUUUGGAAUAAAGACAAGGCCCCGCCCCCACGAGUACCUGAACGUCGGCGACCUGCCCAAGGCGUGGGACUGGAGGAACAUCAACGGAACCAACUUUGUCAGCACCACGCGGAACCAGCACAUUCCCCAGUACUGCGGGUCCUGCUGGGCCCACGGCAGCACCAGCGCUUUGGCCGAUCGGAUCAACAUCAAGCGGAAAGCGGCCUGGCCGUCGGCGUACCUGUCGGUCCAGAACGUGAUCGACUGCGGCCAGGCAGGGUCCUGUCACGGCGGGGACCACUCGGGGGUGUGGGAGUACGCCAACUCCCACGGCAUCCCCGACGAGACCUGCAACAACUACCAGGCUAAAGACCAGGCGUGUAAGCCUUUCAACCAGUGUGGGACCUGCACCACGUUUGGAGUGUGCAACAUUGUGAAGAACUACACCCUGUGGAAGGUGGGCGAUUUCGGGGCAGUCAGUGGGCGGGAGAAGAUGAUGGCCGAGAUCUAUGCAAGAGGCCCCAUCAGCUGUGGGAUCAUGGCCACAGAUAAUCUGGACGCGUACGUGGGCGGUCUGUACUCGGAGUACAUGGCUGAGCCCUACAUCAACCACAUCGUGUCAGUGGCCGGCUGGGGUCUGGACGAGAACGGCGUGGAGUACUGGAUCGUCCGCAACUCCUGGGGAGAGCCCUGGGGUGAGAAGGGCUGGCUCCGGAUCGUCACCAGCGCCUACAAGGGUGGCAGCGGGAGCCAUUACAACCUGGCCGUGGAGGAGGACUGCAUGUACGGGGACCCCAUCCUGCCCCAGAACUACCUGUAGCCCCAGGACGGGAGCGACUCUUCCGCCUCACUUCCUGUCCCCUGCGCUCCGCUUCCUCUUUCUCCCCGACGCACACGGGGCUGGCCACACGCGUACGAGGCUUCAUCACAUCUGAUCUUAAUCACAUCCACCCUUUUUAACUGGUUUAACAGCCUGACUGAUUCAUUAUGCAGGAAAGGGAAUGUUUCACUUUUUAAACUUUGCACACUGAAGGGCUCUCAUGCCAACUGUAUACUGUAAUCAUGUUUUAUCAAUCAUGAAUGAAAGGGAAAGGGUCUUUUUUUUUUUUUAAAAGCCACAUUUAGGAACAACACUAGCCUAUGAAAUCUCAAGUCGGCCAAAGAACCCAAAACUAAUAAUAGCAGCAGCAGCAGUAUCACAUGCUCAUAAACAAGGAUAUCAGCCAUGUAGUGCCAGUUUCAACAGCAAAUAUGAGCUGCAAAAGAAACAGAAUCACCAUCACCUAAAUGUGCUUUAAAGACGUUCUUUUGCCGGUUUUUAAUGUGUAAAAGCCUGGUUUUCCAACUCAUGACCUCUUCCCUUAGCCUGUCAGGUCUUUCCCUGCUGUACCUGGGACAGACACUAGACAGGGACUGAAGACUGGAGAUAUGUAGAAUUAAGAUGGUCCAAAAACGCUCUGCGAGCUGAGGAUCUCUGGAUGUGCCUUUUCUUCAGUCAGAGAAAUCCGUGGUGAUUUUCUUUACUGCGUGUCAACAAUUUAUUUUCAAAAUAAAUCAAUUUGAAACAUGCA